UCGAUCUUUAUCUGUUGCAUUUGAGCGAUAAAUCAAAUUAGCAGCCGCGUACUAAUCUCUGCCCCUUUUUGUUUACAUAAGAUGCGGCAUUUAUUUGCCGCCCCUUUUUUCCUUAUACGGCCUUGCCUUUUUUCUUUUCUGUCUGUUGUAGGCCUCUCCGCUUGUUGGGGUCAUUUCUUGUCAUCUCGCUGGAAAUUAUUUGGUUAUAUACCCAAUAUCUGGAUACUUAUAAAGUGCUCUUUAAAAUACGUAUCGUAUUGCACGGGUUUUGUCUUAUCCGGCUGUUUGAAAUCGCCUCAAAGCGCGGCACAUCGAUUGCGCAUUCCGCUCCCGAUGUCGAUAAGGCACACAAUCGCGUGCGGCGGUCGUCUCGGAGCACGGCUCAGCCGCGAAUCGGCGACCGUCGGUCUCACUCGUCGGUGGUCAGGGUGCCGGAGCUUUGCAACCGGAACGAUGGCGGCGGGACCAUUCUGCAGCUUAGAUGAUGUUAACAAGAAUGUAAUCAAAUUGGAAUAUGCUGUCAGAGGGCCUUUGGUCAUCAGGGCUGGUGAAAUAGCAAAGGAGUUGGCAAAGGGAGAGAAGAAGCCCUUCACCAGUGUCAUCAGGGCCAACAUUGGAGAUGCCCAUGCAAUGGGACAAAAGUACAUCACAUUCAUCAGACAGGUGACGGCUCUCUGUGUGUACCCUGAGCUGAUGAAAUCACCCGACUUCCCAGAGGACACCAAAGAGCAUGCCCGCACCAUUCUGGGAGGCUGUGGCGGCGGCAGUCUGGGCGCCUACAGCGAGUCGGUGGGUGUCGAAGUAAUCCGCCGGCACGUCGCCAAGUACAUCGAGGACAGGGACGGCGGCAUCAAGUGCGACUACAAUAACGUCAUCCUCUCCGGUGGCGCCUCGGAGGCCAUCAAGUCUGUGAUGGAGCUGCUGAACCGUCCUGUGGACGGUAAGCCGGUGGGAGUGAUGGUGCCCAUCCCGCAGUACCCGCUCUACUCGGCCACCGUGGCAGAGUUCGGCAUGCACCAGAUCAACUACUACCUCGACGAGCCGCGGGCCUGGGCUCUGGACAUCCCCGAGCUGGCCCGCGCCCUGGAGGAGUCCCGCUCCACCUGCAUUCCCCGUCUGCUGGUGGUGAUCAACCCGGGCAACCCGACCGGCUCCGUACUGACCCGACAGAACAUCGAGGACAUCAUCAAGUUCGCCUUCGAGAACCGGCUCAUCAUUAUGGCUGAUGAGGUGUACCAGCACAACGUGUACGCUGCCGACCGGGAGUUCCACUCGUUCAAGAAGGUCAUCUCCGAGAUGGGAGAGCCGUACAACACUAUGGAGAUGGCCUCGUUCAUGUCCUGCUCCAAGGGCUACAUGGGCGAGUGCGGUCUGCGCGGCGGCUACUGCGAGCUGCUCAACUUCGACCCCAAGGUGAAGGCCAUGCUGUUCAAGAUGAUCUCGGCCAAACUCUGCUCCACCGUUCACGGACAGGCGGUGAUGGACUGCGUGGUGAACCCGCCUAAGCCCGGCGACCCCAGCUACGAGCUCUACAGCCAGGAGCGAGACGCCGUGCUCAGCUCGCUCAAGGAGCGCGCCGCCCUCAUCGCCGAGACGUUCAACUCCAUGGAGGGCUUCAAGUGCAACCAGGUGCAGGGCGCCAUGUACGCCUUCCCGCAGCUGGAGCUACCGGAGAAGGCCAUCGAGGCGGCCAAGGCUGCGGGCCAGGCACCGGACGUGUUCUAUGCCUUCCAGCUGCUGGAGAACACGGGCAUCUGUGUGGUGCCCGGCUCCGGGUUCGGCCAGCGGCCCGGCACUUACCACUUCAGGACCACGAUCCUGCCUCAGACGCCGCUGCUCAAGGAGAUGCUGGCCCGUAUGCAGGAGUUCCACCAGACCUUCAUCAAGAAGUACCAAUAGACGACUGAACCCUCAGCAUGAUCCGGUAAACCGCUCAGCAGUGCAUGAAUGGGAGUUGAUAGCAGCAGUUGCUAUCAACUCUCCAAUGUCAGUUGGUGAUACAACUCGUCAGAAUUAGGAUCAACGAAAUCGCGGAGCUCUACCAUGGGCUCGUGGCCGCUGAUACAUAGUACAUAUACCAGCCUACUGCCUUCCUGUGAACUCCUUUUGUGCACGGUGGUUUUGACCUGUCUAUAUUCGGUGGCAGUGUGACGGUACUUGGCGGAAGAUUGUAGGCAGAGCCGUGGUAGGCUGCAGUAAUGUGCCGUGGUCGCGUAGCGAAUUUGUGGCCCCGUAAGGUGUCUAUGUAACGUAGUCGAAACUGAAGUCGUUUGUCGGAGCUGCUAUUUAAUGUUGCAUGAUUUUGACUUGCGAGCAGACUUUUUCGAUCUGCUUAGGCGUAUUACUGGGGCUUUGAUCUGAAGGAGAUAUUACGUAUAUCUUGUCGCUACUAGCUUCACGUUUGGCAUACAUUCGACACAUUCGAUAUGCUACCAGAGCUCAGCUGAUGUAUCUUACAGCAGACGGAAACCAAAGUUAUAUUUUGGCACGAACAACGAAGAACAAUGCAUCACCUUCUGGGCUACCACCGACGGUGCUUCCAUGGACAAAACGCACCAGCUCGAUGUGACGAUUGAAAACUUGCAAGAUAGCAGGGAUUGCCCUGGUUGCUACCCGCUUACAUACUUAACAGGGUGUUAAAUGUAAAGGAACGCUAACGGCCAUCAAAUGGCUAAAACUGCUCGGCGCUUACUAUUGGCGGAAGUGCGGAAAGAUAAAUGUGAUUUUAAGUGAUAAUCUAUAAAAAGACGGGGCUUGGGCGAGGGAACUUACCGAAGACGGUGCCUGGGAAAGUCGAUGUAAAGAUGCAAGAAAACAUGUAUAUUUGCUACUCAUGUACGGUUGCGUCGGAACGUACUUUGCCGUGAGAGGAAAUACACAUCGAGAGCCUGUUUAGCA